ACAUUGAUAACCAUGAUGGAUAGAUGGACAAAGUGACAAAGAAAAUAGUAGGCGCAGCAUCAAACGACCCGGCUACAGUUGCAGUGGCCACCAUACCGUCACCGGCCGUCACAACGGCGCUACUGCUAACCGCCGCCGUGGCAAUGACGGCCGCGACCGGCAGCGGCGGUGGCCGGACGGUCAUGUAUCCGAAAUACAAGAGCGGCGGGCUGGUGUGCUACAGCGACCGGCGCAUGGACGGCGGUGCGUUCUGGUCGUACGCCAACGAACGACAGCGCCGGCAGUACGUGUUCCACUGUCCGUCCAGCCUGUCCGCGUGGUGCGUGAACGUGGCCACCGGCAUGCUGUCGGUCCGCGGAUGUUCCGGUCCGACCGGCGUCAACCGAGCCGGUUGCUUCCACGUGACCGACCCGGAACUAAACGCCACUUCCAUGGUAUGCCUGUGCAAACGCGACUAUUGCAACGCCGCCGUCGCCGGAACACCGGUCGCCUGGCCGCUGUUCUUUCUAGCGUUGUUUGUGGCCGGAGCAGGGGCUGUCCCGCAGUGA